CUGCGCGCCACUUCCUUUGCUGGGGAGAACCAUAAGCUGGAAGCGGGGUUUUCGUGCAAUUCCUGCUAAGACACUAUGAAAAUCUAUCACGUCCCUUGCCUCGAAGACAAUUAUUCGUACCUGAUUGUUGACGAGGGUACCAAAGAAGGUGCAGUGGUGGAUCCUGUAGAACCGGGGAAGGUUCUGGAAGUUGCUAACUCCCAUGGAGUCGAUGUCAAGCUUGUCCUCACCACGCAUCAUCAUUGGGAUCAUGCGGGUGGGAAUGAUAAGAUAAAGCAGCUGGUUCCUGGAAUCAAGGUUUAUGGUGGUUCAGUUGAUAACGUGAAGGGAUGCACUGAUAAAGUUGACAAUGGUGAUAAGGUCUCCCUUGGGGCUGAUAUUAGUAUAUUGUCCCUUCACACUCCUUGCCACACCAAAGGCCACAUAAGUUAUUAUGUUACUGGCAGAGAGGAUGAGCACCCGGCCGUUUUUACAGGGGAUACGCUGUUCAUUGCUGGCUGUGGGAAAUUUUUUGAGGGAACUGCAGAGCAGAUGUACCAGUCACUCUGUGUGACACUGGGCUCACUGCCAAAGCCAACCCGAGUUUACUGUGGCCAUGAGUACACAGUGAAGAACUUGCAGUUUGCUUUGACGGUUGAACCAGACAAUUUGAGGACGCAACAAAAAUUAACAUGGGCUCAGAAUCAACGGCAAGCCGGGCAACCGACUAUUCCCUCAACCAUUGAGGAGGAGAUGGAAACCAAUCCGUUCAUGAGGGUCGAUCUACCUGAGCUUCAGGAGAAGGUGGGGAGCAAGUCUCCCGUUGAAGCUUUAAAAGAGAUAAGGAAGCGGAAGGACAACUGGAAGGGCUAAUGGAUUAUAGAACUGCACGCCGAUGCUUGUAUUUUUCCUUCUCUCUUCCGUCCGUAUGUAUGAACGAACAAUGAAAUGCAGAUCAUGUUGCUAUUUUGCGUUGCCUGAACCAGCCUUCUCAUCUGCUUCUCAUCACAUCGUUGGUGUAGAUUUUAAUUAGCUCUUUGGUCUGUGUAUAUUAUGUUGGUUUGUCCAAACAAGUAAGAUGUUCUGUUUCACUCAUGUCAUUGGCUUCUGAACUCGCGAUCAACACUUAUCUCCUCUAGAUUCUCGUGAGAUUGGGAGAGCGAAGAAAAUAAUGGCUGCUUCUUUUUUUGUUGUGGUUCUCUU